UCGGCCAUUGUGUGUAUGUGUGUGGGUGGGUGGGUGUAUGUGCGGAGGUCGCGUUUCGUGUCGUGUCGUGUCGUGUCGUGGAAGCUGGGUUACGUGCUAAGCUUUGUGCCCCGCAAUGAUGUGCCACACAUCCCACUUUUGCCAAGAUCUGGAGCUAGUUGGUUGGUGGGUUGGAGUAGGUAGCUAAAGCUUCAUUGGUUCUCACGCUGGUUUGGAGGUUCGGAAAUCUGGAUACGUUUUUGUUCUGGAAAUGGGGACGGUAAGACACGGCGGCACUGCAAAUCCCGAGACACUCAUGCCCAUACCAUCCCGCCUCAUCUGGCUGCUAUUAGUACUCAAGGUACAAUGUCGCAGCCCCACUCACGCCCCAUCCCCCGCCAUGCCUCCCAGACUCCCGGCGUCCCAGACCAGCCAAACACGUCCGAUCACUCACUCCGCAGGCGUCGCAUCGCAUGGAUUAACCCCUUUCAAGUUUCCGCUCCAGCCUCAGCCUCAGCCCCACGCCCCAUCCUCCCUCGCCACCCACGCAGCUAAUAAUCAUCUGUUCCGUUCCGACCGAUCCAUCAAUCCAUCACCGCUACUUACUCUAGCCAGUUACCACGCCGGUCCGCCCGGCGCGGCUAGGAGUUCGUCCGGAACCGAAAGUGCAGGUUCGCAGGUUCGCAGGUUCGUGCUGGCGGCGGCGGCGGCGGGGAUUGGUUCACGAUCGCCGAUGUAUGAGGUUUUAUAUCAGCGACCCGGAACUUGACGAGGCCGUGGUUUCGCUCCUUUUUUUCUUCUUCGCUUGAACCUUGAUGGCCCGGCGAUAUACCUAUGGAAAUAGUAGUAUUGGCAAUUAAGGAAAGCCCGGCACUGGGCAGCGCGCGAGAUGUUUCCCCUCCGCUCCGCACCCCUCCCCUCCGCUCGAAAGAGGCCCACCCCUUGGGCCUUGGGCUUUCCGCUUUUCCCCUACCCAUGGUUGACGUUCGUUCCGGCGUAUGUAGAUCACCGUUGGAUAUGAUAUGUCGACAGGGAUGUGGCAUUGCAUGGCCGGGCGCCGUUGGCGGAUGCGAUGGCAACUAGCAAGUUGCAAGAGUUGGAGGCGCCGCCCGAAACCUUU